AUGGGGGAAGUUGUAAUUUUAGCAGAAGAUUGUGCUUUAUUAUGUAAAAGUGAUAAUGAUAGUGUACAAAAUAAGCAUAUAAUGAAAUUAGGAUCUUUCAUAUAUAUAGGCGAGGGAACUGAGCUUUCAAAUGUUCUAAAAUUACACGAUAGAAUAAUCGUAGGUAAAAAUUGUAAAAUACCAAACAAUUGUGAAGUUGGAAGCGUGGUUAUCAUCCAGGACGGGAUUAAACUGCCGAACCAUUAUAAAAUACCUUCAUACUCUAAAGUAGUGGGUAAUCAUGGUAAAGGAACCAGUGGGGUAACUGAGGAUUUCGUAAUCCAACAAUUAGAGCCGUGUUUUUACGCUUUGAUUGAAAAUUGGUGCAUGCAACUGUACGUUGGUGUACCCAUAUCGAUUGUGCAGAAUGAGAUGGGUAGUUAUGGUGUGUAUGUGUAG